AUGGAAAUCGAAUUGGAUCCUACUCAAAUCCCACUUCCAUCAUCACCGCCUUAUCAACAAUCCAUUGGUCCAUCCACAAUUCUCUCAAUCGAUAUUCUGAACCAUCCAAUCUCAUUCGACAAUGAUCAUAAUUCAAUCCUUAAUCUCGAAAACAAUCAUGUGAUUUCAACUAAUGGGAUUCAAUCUGAUUCGGAAAUCUCUUCAUCCGAUUCUCAUUUCGCUUCAUGCCUUUCUGCUCAUUCGGAUGAUGUUCAAUCAAUACAAUCAAAUCCCAAUGUGAAUACCUUACCUCAACUGGAUCUCGAUUCAAAUACUUUGAACUCCAAACGCAAUUCUCAAUUACAAUCAUCCUCCUCAACACAUUCACCUGACUCAUCUAACGCUACUCGAUCUUCUCAAUCGAAUGAUUCAUUUACCGCUACUCUAUCUGUUCGAUCUCUGACUGAAUCAAACACUCACACAAUACCGGAUCACAAUGCAUCUGAUCACGAUUCUCAUUUCAAUUUACCAUCUGCAACAUCACCUCUUUCCUGUCCUACCUUUGGUCAUGGUUCUAUCAACGAUACCCAACAAACUUCUCCGAUUGAUGAACCUGAUGAUGCCGGACUUGAUGAACCAUACAUGAUCGCACUGGAUGGGACCUUGGGUAUUGAUUCACACCAAUCUGAAACCACCCCAAUCGCAUCCAAUGUUACUUUGAAUGAAUCAAAUCAACAAUCUUCGCAUCCAAAAACUGAUUCUGCUGAUCCGACUACAUCAUCUACUACAUCAAUUGAUCAAUCACCGACGUCAAAUCUUGUCAAACCCCAUCGUAUCACUCAACACUUCCCUGCCACCGAUAUCAACCCAUUAUUUCUCACUUCCAAUCCGUCAUCAAACACGGCUAAUCUUCCGGAACGUCGUGUAUCUGCUUUCCCCGCUCCGAUUCCUGAUUCACACACUUUCAAUAAUCAUGGCGAACGACCUCAUCACCUUUUCACGAAUGCCGUGGUGUCUAAUGAUCCUACCAAUGUCCCAUUGCCGCCUUCACCACCAAUUCUACCGUCACCUGAACUUCCACUCGUUAUUGACAUGAUCUCGGACGAUGGUUUUCAUCAAACUGACCAUUCCACUUGCUUGACUUCAUCUGAACAUAAUACCCUCGCAAACAAUAUCGCUGUUAUUCCCGAUUCAUUGGUUCAUGAACGUACUUUAACCACCAUACAUGACAUGAUCCAACCAACAACCUUUCUGGAAACUUAUUCAUUACCUCAAUCUGAACCUCAUAUGUUAACAGAUUCCUUGGCAGCUUCGAGAAGACCAAGACUUAGACCACCUAAAGUACCAGAACCUAGACUCAAUGAUUUGAUGAAUGAGAAACCCAUUCAUAGUGAUCAUUAUUGUUGCUUUGCUAUACCACUCUAUAAUACUGGGAUCUACGUUAUCUUGGCUCAAUUCACAGUCUUUGGUUUUGUGGCUGGCGUUUUGGCCUUUGCGGCUCCUUCUGUCAUUGCGAUUGCUGUACCUGAGCCUUUGACGGCUGUCAUGGGUGUCUUAUGUAUCUUGGUCGGAGUCUUUCAACUGAUGGGCUUCUAUGGUGUAUACAAAGAAAGGGUCAAAAUCUUUAGAAUAUAUCUUUAUAUUAACUUUGCAUUUGUCAUAAUCACUCUAGGAUAUUCUUUAGUGAUCAUGAUCCUAUCAGCUCAACAACAUAGCACUGCCAUUGAACAAUGUCUAUUACAAUUUGUUUCUGCUGAUGGCGAUAAUACUGAAACGCCUUCGAAUGAAUCUAAAACACUUUGUAAUAUUUGGACUUGGGCUCAACUUGGGAUUUGUGGGAUCUUAUGGAUCUUAUUUGGAAUUAGCGAAAGUUAUUUUUGUUUUCUACAAAGAAGAUGGAGUCAAGAUCAAAAGAAUGAUCAUUUGAAAUACCGAUCCAUAAUUUCAGCCGUUCGAGAAUCGUUAGCAGUCAGAAAUUCAGAAGAGAUCGGAAGAAGAAGUGAAUCUAAUGAUGAAGGAGUACCGAGAGGGAUGAAUGGAGUAGUUAAAGGAGGUAGUAGAUUAAAGAAUGAAAUCGAAUGGAAACCGAUCUUAACCGAACCACAAGAAGAACAAGAGAUCACUGAAUCGAAAUCACACGAUAGUGGAAGUGGAAGUGGAAGUGGAAGUUCUGAUGCUGAGUUUUAUAGAAAAAGUUUGGCUUCUAAUGAUCAUCAGCCUAGACGGACAAGAGGUGAUAGUAAUCUAAGUGCUCCUAAAUCGAUUCUUAAAAAUUCUAAUUCUAGAUCCAAUUCAAGUUCUACUGUUGUUUAAUUUUAUGUUUGUUUUUUUCUUCUUCAGUCUAGUCGUUUUAAAUUUCAAUAUCAUAUAUGUUGUAAAGAGCAGGAAGGAUUUGUGUUGAAUGUAUAGAUUUUAGAAUAAACGGAUUGAAAAGUUUUGGUUACCUUUUUUUUCCCUUACAUCUUAUCAUUUUUUGUUUUAUAAUCAAAUAUAUUUCCUCUUUCUACCUCUCAAAUCAUCCUUUUUUUUUCUUUGGCUCUUUAACUACAUCUCUUUUUUUGUUCAAAAAAAAAUAAUUCUAGUUUAUUCAGUUAUAUAGAUUUAAUCAUUCUUUCUUUUGGUUGGAAAUUUUUUUCUUUUCAUCAUAUAUUGGAUUAAAGUUUAAUUUAGGAAAAAAACGAAAUCUUUCAAAAAAGGUUUUUUAUAUUUAUUAGAUUCUUGUACAUACUAAUUGAAUAAACUUCGUUCUUUUUUUGAUUUCUUUCUUUUCUUUUCUUCUCAUUUUGCAUUUUUUUUUGUUUUGGUUCUGUUGUGUUUUGUGGUUUGUGUUUAUUUGUAAAUGGGUUUUGGAUUUCAUUAGGAAAAGUUUACCAUUGAAAAGGUUGUAAAGAAAAUUAACAUCUCACAU